CUUCAAUUUUAUUUUUAUUUUUUUGUGUUGAGAGACGCUCAUCCCUCUAUCAGCGGCGCUGUCGUAAUGCGGGUUAUUAAUGCGGAUCGUUUGACUGGGCCUAGAGAUAUUGCUAGGCCCAGCCCAUCAGAGUGAAGGAAACCGACUCCGGGUCGAAUUCCAAUCCACCAACCCUGCGGUUGCCAAACUCGUACGGCUCCAGGUCGAACUCGGAUUUGAGGAGAUCAACAGUAGUAAUCCAGGCGGAGUUGGCGUAGUUCGUACGUCUGGAUGCCGAGGCGAACUCGGACUAUCAGGCUUAAACGCGUCCUCGCCGGUGCUAAUAUAUAGCCUUGACUUUCCUCCGAAAUCCCCAGCCAUUCUUUCCUCCCUCCCUCCCUCCCUUCAUAAUUCUCGCCCCGCCCAACAAAUCGCCAUGGCUCCAAUCCGACGCGCCGCGCAGCGGCCGGACUUCGCGUCCCACCCUUCUGACCUCGAGCUCAUCAGCACGUACCUCAUCCCCUGGGUCAGCACCGGCGAGCGCCCCUGGAAGUUCGUCCACGAGGCCGAUGUCUACGCCGCCACGCCGCAGGACCUCGCCCGCGCCUACGCCCCGGCCACGGCCAGCGACGGCCAGGAGAGCUGGUACUUCUUCACGUCCCUGCGGGCCAAGAGCCGCCGCGGCCAGCGCAAGGCCCGCACCGUCGGAUCCGGGGACCACGGCUGCUGGCACUCGGAGCGCGCCGCCAAGCCCCUCUUCGCCGGCAUCGGCCACAGCCGCCAGAUCGGGUACCGCCAGGCCUUCUCCUUCGCGACCAAGGAGGACGGCCGCCUGGUCCGCUCGGGGUGGCUCAUGGCCGAGAUCGGCCUCAACCCCGACGCCUCCGCGGAGGAGGAGCUCGUCCUCUGCAAGGUGUAUCGGAGCCCGCGCGUCGGGGCAGGCCAGAGAUCUACGGCGCCGGCCGCUACCGGAGUUGGACCCGUCAGGAUUGGAAGGGGAAAGGCGAGCGAGGAGGACUCCACCUCGUCUGAAGAGGGGACGCCAAGGGCUGCUGGGCCCGGCUGCUAUUCGGCCCAGCAGCCCGCUCGAGUCUCCGCGUCCACUUCAGGUACCCUGUCCAUGGAGGAGUCCGACUCCGAGCAGGGUUCGACCAGCCGAGGCGGCGGAGUGAUUGGCACGUCGCCGUCCGCCACUCCGCCUCGGGUUCCCCGUUCCGAGGCCCUUCGAGCUGCUCAGCUUCCCCGGAUCCCGACGGUUCCCGCGGCGCAGCGCCCGGACUUCGCUUCUCACCCUUCGGACCAAGUGCUCAUCAAGUCCUACCUCACCCCGCGUGUCGCCUCCGGCCAACACCCGUGCCAGUUCACGCACGAUGUCGACGUCUACACCGCCAGCCCGGGCGCCCUCACCAGGAAGUACUCCCCGGCGAUGGCAAGCGACGGCGAGAAGGCCUGGUACUUCUUCACCCUCCUGCCGGCCAAGAGCGCCCACGGCCAGCGGCGGCCGCGCACGGUGGGCACCGGGGAGGGGUGCUGGCACUCGGAGGCCGGCGUGAAGCCUGUUCUCGACGGCGACCAUCCGAUCGGAUGGCGACAGUUCUUCUCCUUCAUGACCAAGGAGGAAGGCCAGCGUGUCCGGAGCAUCCGGUCGGGAUGGAUCAUGGUUGAGAUCGGCCUCGACCAUGGUAAAGAAGAAGGCCCCUCGGACGAGCUCGUCCUGUGCAAGGUGUACCGCAGCCCGCGCGCCGGCCCGGUGGAACCCCCAGCGGCGGCUGGACGAAAGAGGAAAUCCGGCGACAACUACUCUGGCCCAGCGGCGCCCGUGCUGACGCUGGGGCCCGCGGCCGGUGCCAGGAAUUCUACGGCGGCGUCGGCAUCUUCCUCCGGGCACAAGAAGAGGAAGACCCACAGCAGGAACUCCGGUCCCGUGCUGAGGACCGCGCGCGGCGUCCUGAAGUUGACGAGGCCGGUGACGUCUGGGCGCAACAAGAACACCAGCGCGGACCGAUGCGCUCGCUGUGGGAUGGAGCCAGCGUUGUCGCGCCGCGGAACGCCCGAUGCUGCUGCCGAGGAGGAAGACGGCUCGGAGACGGAUCUUGACGAGGACGACCCAAUGACCGGCGAGUCCGGUGCACCCCAUUGCCACAAAGCAGGUGAAUCUUCAGGACGCGCCAGACCGUUCUACCAGUUCAAGAUUUGACAACUAGAUAGAUGAUCCCCAGUUUUCUCCUGAAACAUGCUUUCCCAGCGAAUUUUGUAUCCACCACCAGGGGAGGGGAUAGGUUUAAGUAGGGGGGAAAUCCCAUGGUUCUGCCUGCAAUUUACUCUUCGUUCUUGGUAUGCACAUCGGAUUAGGUACAUAUAGGCAUUUUGGUUGUCAAAUUGUUGUACUUCUUGGCGUAUAAAGAAAUCGUUCAGCAA